GUAAACGUUAGUUUUUAUGUGUGGCUCUCUUUUCUUAUCCCCUUCUCAACACUUCUUGAUUUGUAUCAUAUAUUGCCUACAUUAUCUCCUCCACUCUUAAAAUUCAGUGGUAUGGACCGUUCCAAACAAGGAAAUGCCUCCCCUGAAGACCAUGAACUCGAGCUAACCCUUCCAAAUUUGUUGUUUACGAAAACGGUUCGAGAACUCUAUGCUAAGAUUGUGAAUGAGUGGGAUUUCCUCAGAAAGUCGGCAUGCCAAACGGCGGCCGCAAGAGCCCUGUGGAAACAUGUCAUUCAUGACCCUCUUGCACAUGUGCUUGCAGGAGAAACAUAUCUAAUUAACCUUCAUGAGAAGAUUAAGAAAGAUCGCCACAACAAUGCUCGAGAGAUUUCGGGAGUGAUCCUGGCUGUUCGAACCCUUUGGUUCGAUUCGAAGAUUGAAGCUGUUGUUGAUUCCUUGGGUGGUGCAGCUCAAGUUGUUCUCCUUGGUGCAGGAAUGGACUUAAGGGCGUACCGGUUAAGCUGCUUGAAAGAAAGUGAUGUAUUUGAAGUAGAUUUCCCUGAAGUCCUGCAAGUGAAAGCUGCUCUUCUUGAGGAGACUCUGGAGUCCACCGAACAUCUUUGGUUGAUGGAAAAGUCCUUAACAAGAGUAGCUGCUGAUAUUAGAGAGAAUGACUGGGUCGAAAAGCUACAGACCUCCGGGUUUGUACCGGAAAAGAAUACAGUAUGGAUUCUAGAAGGCAUCAUCUACUACCUCUCGAAUUCUCAAGCCAUGCAAGUGCUGAAGAUCGUAGGUGAAAAGUGUACCCUCACCACAGUUCUCUUAGCAGAUUUCAUGAACAAAGCAUCAACAACGCUCUCAAGUGCUACUUUCCAUUUCUACAGUGAUUGGCCUGAUCAUCUCCUGCCAUCUCUAGGAUUUUCUCAUGUUAAGCUUUCACAAAUAGGUGACCCGGACGCGCAUUUCGGCCUCAUGCACGAUCCGUUGAAUUUGUUCAAUAAUCUCCGAAACUUGCCAAGGUCGGUAGAAAUGAACCCGGACAAUGGAACGCCGUGCUGUCGCUUAUAUUUGAUGCAGGCUUCUGGUUCACCUAAUCAAACAAUAUCCCUGAAAGCACCAUCCCAACUUAGCAUAUAGAGAUCGUAACCGCAAACAUAAUGAUUAUGAUAUAGAUGCAUGAAUGAUUGUUUGCAGUGUUGCUCAUUGAAUAUAAAAUCCAAUUGAACACAAGCAACAUGAUCAUCAAGCUGUAUAAUGAACCUUUAAAUUGUAUAAGCAUAUACUGUCGCAUAGUAGUAAAUUCUGGGC